AUGUCGUAUCGAUUUAAGGGUCGCUUGAACCCUACCAUAUUGCGUAAACUACCCCGCAAUUUGGUAGUGUUUGAUGGACACUGUUUGAUGUGUCAGGCACGUGUGCAAUAUGUACUGGAACGUAACUUCUCGUAUUUUAGCCUCCUUAAUCUUACCCAUGACGUGGACAAGGUUAAGCUUGAGGAGAAUAAAGUGCUCUUUUGUAGCUUUGACUCAAUUGAAUGGCGGGAGCUGCGCCGGCAUUUUCCCGAUGUUACAAAAGACGUAGAGGGUAUUAUACUAUUCGAGAAGGUACCGUCACGCACUGCCGACUUCCUGAGUAGGGUACGGCGAAUGAAAAAGCGAUCAAAGUCCUUAUCCAAGUCAAACGAAGCGCUAAGCUUUCCGGUUGCGUCGUCAUCGCACCGGCGGAGCUUUACCGAUGUGGAAGAUGAACUUGACAUACUUAUUUCAACUAAGCACACUGCUGUGUGUCGUGUGGGUAUGAAAUUGGAUAGGUGGUUGCCAAGUGUAGUUGCCCGGUGCAUGUUAUACGCCAUGCCGCGGUGGAUUGGGGACCGUUGGUAUGAUCGCGUGUUGAGGCGGCGGACAUUAUGGGGGACAUCUGAAGAAGAUGCAGUUCGGUACCCCGCCCGUGUGCUCGGUUUGAAGGAGCGAACAUGGCGGCUGCGGGACAUGUGA